AAAGAACUGUGCUGGUACGGCGAGGCAAAGGCAACUUCCAGACUUCUGCUCUCUUCAGUGUCAAUUCGGGGUCUCUUUCUACAGCAGUUUUCUACUACGUCACAAGAAAUGUUCAGCAGAGCUUAGCCUUUUGUCGGUUUAAAAUGCCGUUUGCCGUCGCUGACUCAAGACCGGAGUGACACCUCCGCCUGAUUAGCAGAACCGUCAAGUGAUACCUUCAUAAUUACCUUCCUCAAGCUUUUCCUCUUCUUCCAAGGGAUUCUUUCCUGCGUCGACUCGUCAUUUCAUCUCGCUGGUUUGCUAGUAGUGCCCUGUUUCGCGUCUAUCCUACCGCGUCCUGUCACGUUUUCACACUGCACUUAGCUCACUGCCGAUGUCUAUAAACUAACCGGCUGUGGGAUGACUACAGCAUUGCCAUUUCACGCUGGGGCGAUGUCCAGUAUAAACUCUUACGGUUAUUACAGCGACUACGGUGGUGGUUCCGAUUAUUGGACGAGCAAUUCUCCCUAUCCUAACUCAGUGAGUUCACAUGGCGAGUCGCCAGAUCCGUAUGUAAGUCCUGCCCCUCACACGCACGGGCCAUCGUCUGCGCCAAGAUCGUACUUUGGCUCCUCUACGCUGAGUUCGACCACUUCUUACGCGGUUGACAGCCACUCGUACGCUGGCUCCGGAGGUUAUCCGGGGAGCGAGCCUAGACUCGAAACCGAGCCCUCGGCCGACGCCCGUCGCCUCGGGCCAAAACGUAGAGUGACCGCCAACCGCAAAGAACGCCGUCGAACAGCAUCGAUCAAUAAUGCCUUUUCUGAUUUACGUGAUUGCAUCCCCAAUGUUCCCCCUGACACGAAGCUUUCAAAAAUCAAGACAUUGCGUCUGGCCACCUCAUAUAUCGCCUAUCUCAUGGAACUGCUCGAUUCGGAAAACGCCAAUUUGGACGCGCUCACAACGCUUCCCGGUCACGGAUUUAAGGCCGAACUUGGCAAACGGACAAGGACGCCCGAACAGGAGGAGCGUCGAAAACGGGAACUUGCGUUGGCGAUGCUACACGCACCGGGUCGGGGUAAAAAGGGUCGGACCGGAUGGCCCCAGCACGUUUGGGCACUUGAGUUGGAAACCAAUAAUCCACAACAUCACCACUCAGGAGCCACAGGAAAUCCUUCGGAGGGUCCUCCAGGCCUCACACCUCUCAUGCCCCCACCGACAAGUGAACACUUGCAUGGCACCGGAAGCACGAUAGAGCUGUAAUUCUAAUUAUAUAUCAAUCAAAUGGAGAACGCUUCAUUACUGAACGACUAAUAAUAUCGAGCAAAAAUGACAAAGCGCUUACUCCAUAAGGUAGUAACGGAUAGGACACACCUUGAUAAAACGUGCUAUGGAGUAUCGUCGUGGGUCUGAUUAUAACAAACGUGUUACAGAAUGAAGUGAUUUAUAAUUGCAGGUGUAUUACGAUCCCAGCUAACUAAUAGAAGGCCCAAGCUUUCUACAGUAGCCAAUUAGGAAAAAAACAAUUCAGAUUCAAUGGUGGAAAAAUAUUUGUGAAGGCAAAAGCAGCAGCAAUAGUGAAGUAUUACAGCCGGUUUGGGUGAAAAUCACCAUUUUGCUAUUUAUAAUAUGCCGCCAGCAGCCACAACAAAAGCUAGCUUUAAUUGAAAUAAUUACAAAAUGAAUAUUAUAUAUUAAUUAAAAUCGUUUGUUAUUUCGUAUUCGUUUGCAUUUGUCAUCACAAAUUUUUAUGGGUAUUGACGUACUAAAAUGACUAAUAUGUAUACACAACGGUUUUUCCGCAUGACUUGCGGUGUAUUUAAUCUGGAUGAAUUGCCGUCGACUGACCGUUUUGUUAUUAUCAUCUCAUAUUUUUACCUACCAAUUUCAACAAACACCGUAGUCAGACCGCCGGAACCAGCAUAUGUACAUAUAAGAUACGUAAUAAUAUAAUAACAAUAACAUGUAUUAUAGAUUUCUGCGGCACGGUAUCGUUACCUAAGCAAGCUUAGGUAGCGCAUGUAUGGUAGUGUGCGAAGCCAUCACAGGUAAAUAAGACAGCUUAUCUUUCUCAGAAGCUUUAGCCUUUGCGUUAGCAACACAAGGUUCUUUAAUAAUCCUAAUUUCUAUUACCAUUACAAUAUGCUACUGAUAAUGAAAAAAAAAAUGAUAAUAUAAUAUAAUAAACAUAACUGAGUGAGUGAUAUUAUUCUAAAUAUCAUAGGUAACAAGAUCAUAGGGUGCCCUGGUAUACCCCAAAACCAUAUGCGUUUUCUUGGAGUCAAAAUGUCCGAACGCGAUUUUCAACAUGGGUUCAACGUAUGAAGAUAAUUGUGUAUGAAGACAAUUGUUAGCUUAACUACUGCUACCAUUUCUGCUAUAACCGAGUUAUGGUGUCAGGAAUUAUCGAUCUGAGCCAUUCCGCACUUAAGCCGAUGCAGAAUUGAGAACCAGACAAAUCUUUCGUCAGAGUCAGGUGACAAAACAGCUAUUAAAGACUAUACCAUAUCAUCAUAUCCUGAAUAGCGAUCACUGUCAGCUGUCAGCGUACUGAAAACAUAUGUUGUACCCGGGGUGGGGGGGAGUGACACCCAUCGAAGAAGCAAUCAGCUAAAGGAAUAAGCGGUUGCCAUAUACGGCUAAUGAGCGAAAUAUGAAACCUGAAGACAUGAAGCCAAAGCAACAAUGAUAUACAGUAACUGUACCGAAGUAGACUUAGGUCUUCAGUACACAUAUGUGGGAUAUAUGGUAAAACAGGAAUACGCGCAUUGGUUGUUUCUUAUAGUGGUCUAUCUUGGUAUCAAAUAUGUCAUGUAUGUACGCAUGCGCGGAAAAGAUGGGACACUCUCGACGUCUUUACGGAAAGAGGGAAACUGAAACCACUAAACGGUGAUAUGCAUGGGAGAUACUAUGAUUAUAACAAGAAAGAUGGAAUAACUGACCACUUGAUAGAUAGUAAAGUCAAGUGGAAAUGGUGUCGAAUAAUUAAUAAAUUAUAGUAAUGGUAUUUCGCCGGUGCUAAGCAAUGCAAAUC